GACAACUUCAUCCACCAACCCCCAACUAAAUAGAAUCAAAAUUCAUCCCCUCUUUCUCUCAAAUCACACCAAAAUUUUUGCAAUAAUAAAAACAAUUUUUUUUUUGAAAAAAAGACACCCAAUUUUUUUGGAAAUAUUUCCAUAAAAACACCAAUAUAAAGAGCAAAAUACUACACACCUUUUUCAUUUUCUCUCUCCUCCUCCACUCCGCACUGUUGCUCUUCGGCGGAGCCUCCAACGCUUGCUCACCCUUCUUCAUUUCCCCCCAAAUCUCCCAAAAUGCAGAGCUCUGCAAUUUCAAUCUCACCUUCAUUACCACAUCUUAAACCUGUCCAAAACCCUUGUUUUCAACACCGUCGUCUCCUUCCACUCAAUUCGCUUUCUAUUCGUCCUUCUAUCUCCUCCGCCACCACUGCCGCACGGCGUUUAACCGUUGUUAGUAGCUCGAGUGAGGAUUCCAGUUUUAAUCUGAGCCGUAAAUCGUCGAGAUUUGAUGGAUUGGUUUCUUUGCCGUCGUUGAAGUUUUCCGGCAAGAGAUCGUUGAAGGAUGAUGUCGUUGUUAAAGCGACGUCGGUGCCUGAGAGUGCGGAUGCCGAUGAGGGUCCGAAAGCGAUGUCUAAGACUUUGGAGCUCGGGAUUUUGUUUGGGAUGUGGUAUCUUUUUAACAUCUACUUCAACAUUUACAACAAGCAGGUUCUGAAGGCGUUUCAUUAUCCCAUGACUGUCACAUUGAUUCAAUUUGCUGUUGGGUCAGUGCUUGUUAUCUUCAUGUGGAUGUUCAAUCUCUAUAAGAAGCCAAACAUUAGCGCUGGGCAGCUAGCUGCUAUUGUGCCAUUAGCGAUGGUACACACCAUGGGUAACCUCUUCACUAACAUGAGUCUGGGUAAAGUGGCAGUAUCAUUUACUCACACUAUUAAAGCCAUGGAGCCGUUUUUCUCUGUUUUACUGUCUGCUGCCUUUCUAGGAGAGAAACCUACUCCUUGGGUUGUGCUUUCACUUCUUCCCAUUGUUGGAGGGGUGGCUCUUGCUUCAGUGACUGAGGCCUCUUUUAACUGGGCUGGCUUUUGGAGUGCUAUGGCUUCUAAUGUGACAAACCAGUCUCGUAACGUCCUUAGCAAGAAGGUCAUGGUAAAGAAAGAGGAAUCCAUGGACAAUAUCACUCUCUUCUCCAUAAUAACAGUCAUGUCUUUUAUACUAUUAGCCCCAGUGGCUAUUUUCACAGAAGGUGUCAAGUUUACUCCUACAUAUAUUGAAGCUGCUGGAAUUAAUGUCCAACAAUUAUACACAAGGUCCUUGCUGGCUGCUCUUUGCUUCCAUGCUUACCAGCAGGUUUCUUACAUGAUAUUGCAAAGGGUUUCCCCAGUUACCCAUUCUGUCGGUAACUGUGUGAAGAGGGUGGUUGUCAUUACCAGCUCUGUUUUAUUCUUCAAAACACCAGUUUCACCUAUAAAUGCUCUGGGCACUGGAGUUGCACUUGCCGGAGUUUUCUUGUAUUCCCGGUUGAAGCGCAUCAAGCCAAAGCCAAAGGCAGCUUAAUUUUGACUGUGUCUACUUUCCUUAGGCAAAGAAUUGUAUUUUUCGAUUGGAAGAGCAAAGUUCUAGGUCAGAUCAGGCAUUUGAAUGUUUCUCUCUUAUUUUCAAUUCAAAUGCUUAGGGGGUUGGGUUGUGUUUAUCCCAUCAUUGAUAUUUUUUUCUCUUAUUUUGAAAGUAGUUUUGAGAAGUAGAUCCAAAUUCUUUCACCCCAUUAUUAAUCUUAAGCUUUUCUUGCUCCC